AUGGCAAUAGCCGACUUAAAACCUAAGCCUUACAACUUUACAAUUCUAGAAGCAUUGUCCGCUAGCGGAUUGCGUUCGAUUCGUUAUGCAAAGGAAAUCCCAAAUAUAAAAUUCAUUGUAGCCAACGAUUUAGAUUCUGAUGCAGUUGAAUCCAUAAAUAGAAAUAUUGAAUAUAAUGAAUUGGACAAAGACCUGGUAAGAGCGAAUCAGGGUGAUGCUUGUUCGGUGUUAUAUCAACACCGGAAACAUCCAGAUCGAUUUGACGUUAUAGACCUUGAUCCAUACGGAACUGCAUCACCAUUUAUUGAUGGAGUGGUGCAAGCUGUAGAGGAUGGAGGUAACUAUGUUUGA